CCGCCGCUGAGCCGCCCUUCUGUAAAAAGCAAAACUCCAAAAGCUUUUCCCGCUGAAGUGACAGAGCUCAGUCGGGCUGUGACCUCUCACCCGUGGGGUCGGAGGUGACCGGCAAGAUGGCGGCGGCUGCGGAAGGACCACGGCGGGCGCGCUGCUGAGGGAGACCCGCGGGGCCGACCCUGCCCCGGGCCCGGCCCGCCCGACCCUCCGCACCUUUCCCGGCUCUCAGCGGGCGGCGCAGCCCCAGCCGGCGCUCCCCGGAGCGCGGACCCCGGUGCCUGCCCGGCCGUCCUGGCCACGGCCGUCCUGGUUCCGUGGCUCCCGCCGCCACUGCCCGCUGAGCCGGUUGUUUUCCUUAGUUGCCGCGGAGAGGAAGCGCCUCUGGACUGGUUCCGUGAUCACAGCGGAUAGAAGGGCUGCGUGUGCACCCGUAGAAGGUUAUAGAUAAACGCUGCGUGGUGGUGCUGUAACGAUGGUGCUCACUCGAGCUGAAGAUUCCUGGCUGCUGGGGGUCGCACAUCCGCUGAGGAGAUGAGUGAUCAAGUACGGCCUGACGCGGGGAAAAAUCGAAGGACCCGUUGAGUGAGGAUGAUGUUGAUGCCAGUCUGACGGUCAGCAGUGUGUGUUUAGUGCUGCGGUUCAGGAUGAAUAGGAAGAAAGGAGACAAAGGAUUUGAAAGUCCAAGACCCUAUAAAUUAACUCAUCAGGUAGUUUGUAUCAACAACAUAAACUUUCAGAGAAAGUCUGUUGUAGGUUAUGUGGAACUGACAAUAUUUCCCACAGUUGCAAACCUGAACAGAAUCAAGCUGAACAGUAAACAGUGCCGCAUUUACAGAGUGAGAGUCAAUGAUUUAGAGGCAGCUUUCAUCUAUAACGAUCCAACGCUGGAGGUCUGUCACCAUGAGUCAAAGCAGAGGAAUCUCAACUAUUUCUCCAAUGCCUAUGCUGCCGCUGUCAGUGCUGUGGACCCAGAUGCUGGAAAUGGAGAACUCUGCAUUAAGGUUCCCUCGGAGCUGUGGAAACAUGUUGAUGAGUUAAAGGUCCUGAAGGUGCAUAUAAACUUUUCUCUGGAUCAGCCAAAAGGAGGCCUUCAUUUUGUGGUACCCAACAUGGAGGGCAACAUGGCAGAAAGAGGGGCUCAUGUUUUUUCAUGUGGUUAUCAAAAUUCUACAAGAUUUUGGUUUCCUUGUGUGGAUUCGUAUUCUGAGUUGUGUACCUGGAAACUUGAGUAUACUGUAGAUGCUGCAAUGGUGGCUGUUUCAAACGGAGAUUUGGUGGAAACUGUAUACACCCAUGAUAUGAGAAAGAAGACUUUUCAUUACAUGCUGACUAUUCCAACUGCAGCUUCUAACAUCUCUUUGGCAAUUGGACCUUUUGAAAUCCUUGUUGAUCCAUACAUGCAUGAGGUGACUCACUUUUGCUUACCACAACUUCUCCCUUUGCUCAAACAUACCACGUCAUACCUUCAUGAGGUGUUUGAAUUUUAUGAGGAGAUUCUUACCUGCCGCUAUCCUUACUCCUGUUUCAAGACUGUUUUUAUAGAUGAAGCUUAUGUUGAAGUAGCUGCUUAUGCAUCCAUGAGUAUUUUCAGCACAAAUCUCUUGCACAGUGCAAUGAUUAUAGAUGAAACUCCACUGACAAGGAGAUGCUUGGCACAGGCCCUGGCCCAGCAAUUCUUUGGAUGUUUCAUAUCCAGAAUGUCCUGGUCAGAUGAAUGGGUGCUGAAGGGAAUCUCUGGUUACAUUUAUGGCCUUUGGAUGAAAAAAACCUUUGGUGUUAAUGAAUAUCGCCACUGGAUUAAGCAGGAGUUAGAUCAAAUUGUGGCAUAUGAACUGAAGACUGGAGGAGUUUUACUGCAUCCAAUAUUCGGAGGAGGAAAAGAGAAAGACAAUCCUGCUUCACAUCUACAUUUUUCUAUCAAACACCCUCAUACACUGUCCUGGGAGUAUUACACUAUGUUCCAGUGUAAAGCACAUCUCGUUAUGAGACUGAUUGAGAACAGAAUUAGCAUGGAGUUCAUGUUACAGGUUUUCAACAAAUUGUUGAGUCUGGCCAGUACUGCUUCAUCUCAGAAGUUCCAGUCACACAUGUGGAGUCAGAUGUUGGUUUCCACAUCUGGGUUUUUGAAAUCUAUCUCAAAUGUCUCAGGCAAAGACAUCCAACCUUUAAUAAAGCAGUGGGUGGAUCAGAGUGGAGUGGUAAAAUUUUAUGGCAGCUUUGCAUUUAAUAGAAAACGGAAUGUGUUGGAAUUGGAAAUAAAACAAGAUUACACAUCUCCUGGGACACAGAAAUAUGUGGGUCCUCUUAAAGUGACAGUGCAAGAACUUGAUGGCUCAUUCAACCAUACAUUGCAGAUUGAAGAAAACAGCCUUAAACAUGAUAUACCUUGCCACUCUAAAAGCAGAAGAAAUAAGAAGAAAAAGAUUCCACUAAUGAAUGGAGAAGAGGUGGAUAUGGACCUUUCUGCUAUGGAUGCCGAUUCCCCCUUGCUCUGGAUAAGGAUAGAUCCCGAUAUGUCGGUACUGAGAAAGGUGGAGUUUGAACAGUCUGAUUUCAUGUGGCAGUAUCAGCUGCGAUAUGAGAGAGAUGUGGUGGCACAAGAAGAAGCUAUUCUGGCAUUGGAAAAGUUCCCUACUCCGGCAUCCCGGCUUGCACUGACUGACAUCCUGGAACAGGAGCAAUGUUUCUACCGGGUGAGAAUGCUGGCCUGCUUCUGCCUUGCAAAGAUUGCAAAUUCCAUGGUAAGUACGUGGACAGGACCACCAGCGAUGAAGUCACUCUUUACCCGAAUGUUUUGUUGUAAGACUUGUCCAAACAUUGUGAAGACCAACAACUUCAUGAAUUUUCAGAGCUACUUUCUUCAAAAGACUAUGCCUGUUGCCAUGGCCCUUCUGAGAGAUGUUCACAACCUUUGUCCUAAGGAAGUUUUAAUGUUUAUUUUGGAUUUAAUCAAGUAUAAUGAUAACAGGAAGAAUAAGUUUUCAGACAACUACUAUCGUGCUGAGCUCAUUGAUGCCCUAGCCAAUUCUGUGACUCCUGCAGUCAGUGUGAACAAUGAAGUUCGAACAUUGGAUAACCUAAAUCCUGAUGUACGACUUAUUCUUGAAGAAAUUACACGUUUUCUGAAUAUGGAGAAGCUUCUUCCCAGUUACAGACAUACUAUCACAGUCAGCUGUUUAAAAGCUAUUCGAGUGCUUCAGAAGAAUGGUCAUGUCCCAAGUGAUCCUGCUCUCUUCAAGUCGUACGCAGAGUACGGGCACUUCGUCGAUGUCCGAAUAGCAGCACUGGAGGCUGUUGUUGAUUACACAAAAGUUGACAGGAGCUAUGAAGAAUUACAGUGGCUACUCAGUAUGGUUCAGAGUGAUCCUGUACCCUACAUAAGGCAUAAGAUUUUGGAUAUGCUGACUAAGAAUCCACCUUUCACCAAGAAUAUGGAGUCCCCCUUAUGUAAUGAAGCUUUGGUAGAUCAGCUUUGGAAACUGAUGAAUUCAGGAACUUCACAUGACUGGCGAUUACGAUGUGGUGCUGUGGACCUCUAUUUCACUCUCUUUGGCCUCAGCAGACCUUCCUGUUUACCAUUACCAGAACUUGGACUCGUUCUUAACCUGAAAGAAAAGAAGGCUGUACUCAAUCCCACAAUUAUCCCCGAAUCAGUUGCAAAUAAUCAGGAACCUGUGAUCAGUACUAAUAAUCAUGGACAGUCAGUAGGAUUUCAGAACACCGAGGAUGAUCAUCUUAUUAAGGAAACAGCAUCCAGCAUUUCUGGUCAUCAGCAGGGGGUGAAGAGGAAGGCUGAUAUGCCACUCGGGUCUCCAUUGGAGCCAGGGCAAAUACUAGAGAAGAAUGAAGACAGUAAAGUCAAACUCAAAAUCAGAUUCUCAAACUCUCAAGAGGAAGAGGAAAUUGAUAUGGACACAGUUCAUGACAGCCAAGCCUUCAUUUACCAUCAUUUGAAUAUGCUGGAGAGACCAUCCACACCAGGUAAGGAACAGUCUUCAGGAGAGAUAAACAUGCACCCUGUCUCAGCAGCUCCACUCUCUGUGUUUAGUAAAGAAUCAAACUCCUCAAAACACAGUGAUCACCAUCACCAUCACCACCAUGAGCACAAGAAAAAGAAGAAGAAACACAAGCAUAAGCAUAAACAUAAACAUAAACAUGAUACUAAAGAGAAGGAAAAGGAUCCCUUUGUUUUCUCUAACAGUCCAGCCAGCGCACGAUCAAUCCGUUCCCCAUCACUUUCAGACUGAUACCAAUGGCUUCUCUGGAGUUCAACUUGCAAUAUUCUUGGAGUGCUUAGAAGGAUGUACAUAACUAUAGCUUCUAACUUUUUUUAUGGAACUAAGAAUAUGUGAAUUGCCUUAGCAAUUCAGAAGCUCUGCCACCUUUGAAGCCUUCUUUUUGCAUAUGUGGUUGUUGAAAUCUGAUUCAGAAAAUACGGUUUAUGAUUCUGACUCAUUUUUGUAUUUCACUGUUCUCUACACCUCCCACUCUUUUUUCCAUUUUAAACAAAGAAAACAGCCCUUUAUGUAAGGGCCCCAUGUCCACUGGCAGCCCCCUGCACAUCACGCUUACCAUGUGUAUUGCCAGAAUCAAUUAUGGUUUAAUCCUUUGAAGAAUGUUAGAGGCAGAGUAUGUUUUAAGCAGAAGCCAGUUGCCAGGCCUUUGGUGACAGACUGUUUCCAGAGCAGUAUUGUAUAACUAAAUGUAGAUCUACUCAAAAGACAGGGAUUUUCUUUAGUCUUCAGAUGACCUGUUUCUUGCUUUAACCAUUGCAACGUAAUGUCAGACUUCUAAAAGAACAGUAUGUAGAGCAUUUGCAUUUUUCAGAUACUAAAACUUUGAAAAAUUCCAGGCUGCUUUUAAGCUGGCGGUAUUUAUUAUGGACAUGAGCCUUUGAAUAUGAUUAAAUUCUGCAAUUGUUUUUGGAAUUUUAGCAAAAUGCGUAAUGUAUGUUUUGUCCUGUAAUCAGGCUUUUAAAAAUCCAAUAAAGUUUGCGAAUUAUUUUGACAGAGGCAGAAUUUUUUCUUCAAGAUUGCAUUGGAAUAUGCUUUUGAAAGAUGUUUGCUAAAAUAUAAAAAAAAUUCUGAAAAGUUUAAAAAUUAAAAUAUUGGAAAAUACGUAUUUCUUCCUCCUGAGGGGUGGUUUGUUUGAAAGCAAGAUCAGCUCAUGGAUCCACAGGAGAAAUAUAUCAGUAGAUUCAGCUAGGUCUGGGACUUGGAAUGAUGGAUACACUUAAAUUUCUUUAGCUGUGUUUUAUGCAGUAUGGUAUUUACACCUAGGAAGUGUUUUAUUUAAAAACUUAAUUUUUAAAAGGUUUUAAUAAUAGAGAGAAAUAAUCUCUGCCACUUCUUACCUAUUUUCUUUCUAUGUGUGUAGAGGCAGUGUUUUAUUUCCAUAUACUGGUUAGCUUCUGUUGCCCAGAGUCCACAUAGCAUUCUUAUAAGAUGGUUCUGUUUGGGUUAAAUAUUUUUUUUUAAUCAAUUUUCAUGAGAGACUGAUUCUCCUUCUUAGAGCAAAGAGAGAAGGUUCAAGAGGGACCCAAGAAGACUUUUUUUUAAGCCAUAUUCUGUUCUAUGAAAGUUAAUAAAUACUUUUUUAU